AAAUUUAUAUUAAUGAUCAAAGUUUAACGGUUUUAAUAGCCGAAACAAAUUUUUCUCUUGAACGCCUUCCAGAACUUGGGGACAACAUAUAUGAAGCUAUCGAAUCAAUUCAUGAUUUAAAGUUAUAUUGUGUAUCAAUAUGCCAAUUAGGAACGUUGCCAAGAUUUUGGAGAAAUGGCAAAAAAUUAUUAAAUCCCAUGUUAUGUAAGAAAGCAUUUGAGUUUGGAAAAUUAAGUGUUAUGCAUGUUAAAAUGAAUGUUGUGGAUACUAUCAUUGAUCUUCCAGUUGGAGAGGAUACUAUUACCGGUGUUUGGGGACCAAGUUCUUCCACGGCUAGGCAAGAACUCACUAAAGAAUUAUCAGUAAUACGUCGCCCACAAGUAACGAGAGUAGAGAUUCCUCAAGAAGUUAUAGACGAACAUGAAGAUGCUUACAAAUUAAUAGAUCGUACUGGAAAAGAAACAAAAGUUCUUACUUGGAAAAAAUUAUCAAAUAAAAUUGCCACAAUAGCAAAUUAUUUACAGAAAAAAGGAUGUAAAGCGGGUGAUCAUGCAAUAUUGACAUUUCAACACGGAAUAGAUUUCGUUGCUAGCGUUUAUGCAUGUAUGAUACUUGGAAUUGUGGCAAUACCUAUGGAUAAAAUAGAAAAUGAAAGAAUUAGCGAAGAUGUUCCUUCAUUAUUAGGAAUAAUCGAUGACUUUAAAGUUUCGUGUCUUUUGGUUAAUGUAGAUUCAGAAUCAAUAUUUAAAGGAAGAACAAUGCAAAAUAUUCUUAAAGGAAAUAAUCAAAGCAAAUCUUCAGGAGGACCACCUGGAGGUAGUACAGGAUCAAUUAGUAGUUUACCACCAUUAAUUAAUGUAUCAAAAGCACCAGCAUUUAAAAAAACAUUGAAAGAAGCUAAUUAUUCAAUGCAAGAGGAAUGGCUAAAUCCAAAAUGGGCGGCAAUAGUGAUGUGUUAUUUCAGUGCAGAUCAACGAAGAUAUUGUGUGAAAUUAGGACAUGAUAAUUUGUUAUCAUUGUGCAAAGUACAAAAAGAAACAUGUCGAUUAACUAGUAAUAGAGCCAUAUUAAAAAAUCGGUUGGAUAGCAUAGCUAUAAACUAUGUAUACAGUCAUAUAGCAAAUCCGAUGAUAACUACAAGAUCAUAUAUGUGCGUUGAACCUGUUGAAUUAUAUUUGGACUUAAAAAGCUUAAGACGAGGAAUUGUUAAAAUCGUUAAUCCCGAUGAACCUUUCGGAAUAUUGUUACACGACAGUGGAAUGGUUCCAGUAUCAACCCAAGUAGCGAUAGUUCAUCCAGAAACACGGCGUCCAUGCCAUACCAAUGAACUUGGAGAAAUUUGGGUAUCAUCAGAUGCCAAUGCAAAAUCAUCUUAUGGUUCGAAUGAUCCUUUAGAACGAGCAAAAUUUUCUGCGACUAUUGAAGGUGGAGUUGAUAAAAGACUAUAUUUAAGAACGGGAGAUUUGGGAUUUUUGCACACAGUCCGUAGACCUGCUAGAGAUAAUGGACCACCAGUAGAAUUUCAAUGCCUGUUCUUUUUAGGACCUAUCGCAGAAACUUUUGAAGUUAAUGGACUAAUGCAUUUCCCCGUUGACAUCGAGGAUACUGUUGAGCGGUGUCAUAGUUUGAGUUACCCUAGUUUGAUUCCACCAAAUGGAUG